AUGAUUUGUGUACUUCUGCACUUCUGUGAGGGUGCUUCGGCUCAGUCGAGAGGUUCGGAGACGCCUUUCAAUGAGUUCGCCGGGGCAGUUCGUAUUCUGCAAGAUCCGCGCACUGGUGAUCCACAACAGCAGGAGAAUGGCUAUGGUGCAGGUCGUAAUACUGCUUACCACGAAGGCUCUGGACACGCGGGGUCAGCGCCGAUAGGCUCCGUAACUGACGAAGAAGAGGCAGACAGCGAUGAAGAGUCCGUUCCCCUGCCUGUUGACAGACGCCAGGCAUCGCUAUAUCGCGUUCCCCUUGAUGUGAUCGAUACUCGGCAUUUGCCGCGUACCAAGACCAAGAAAACUGGCAUGAAGGAGGUACUCUUCGACUUGAUACCUGGCGCCAUUGCAGCGACAUUGCUAGGUCUCGUUAUCGCAUCGACGAAAUUUAGAGUCAUUUCGGCCCGAAAGAUGACCGAGGAGCGUCGGGAUGCUCAGGAGGAACCUCCCCCGUAUGACAACUGA